CCGCAGGGCACACUCUUCUGCCUGGAAGUUCCAGGGGCGGGCAUCCAGGUCUGCUGCCAGGGAGCAGAAGCUGUUACCAUCAAGGAUGUCUCCCGAAAACCUAGGCUCAGUCCUAUGCCACACCUCUUAUGAGCAGAAGCAGGAGACUAGUGCUCUCCACAUCCGUUUCAUGAGAAACAACUAUCCGGCACAGGAAACUGAAACUUAAUUCAAAACUACCUGCCGUUCUCUUUAGUUGUGUGAGUAAAAUGGAAAGCGCAGGAAACCUGCAGGAGAUGGUCUGUACUCUCCACAAAGAGCCGCUGAAGGUUUACUGCCGCACCGACCAGCAAUGCGUCUGUUUCCUGUAUGCGAUGGACGAACACAAACACCACGACACAGUCUCUGCUGUGGCCGAAUGCAUCGAGAGGCAGAAAUCUCUGAGUGCAGAGCGGGAAAAAUUCCUGAAAUGGAUCCAGGAGAAAGAGACGAAACUGCAGGACGUGAGACAGGGAGAAAAUUUGCUCAUGCAGACUGCACAGAAAGCAGUGGCAGACAAUGAGAGGCUUUUCGCUGAUAUCAUCCAGGCCAUUGAGAGACAGCGCUCAAAGGUGAAGGAGCUGAUCCUGAGUGAACAGAAGGCUGCAGAGGCUCACUCCACAGACCUAAAGAGGAGGCUGCAGGAGGAGAUCACCCAGCUGCGGAGGAGGGAAGCCGAGCUUCUGAAACUCGCACAGACGGACGAUCACAUCCGCUUUCUCCAGGGCUGGAGGUCUCUCACUGCCCCUCACUGUGCUGUAGCACACGUCACUGCAGAUCCACAGCUCUCCUUUGUGUCUGUGAUCAAGGCUGUUACUGAGCUGAGAGACCAACUGAUGACCUUCUGCCAGGGGCAAUGUGAAAAGAUGUCAGAAAAAGCGAUUAAAGUACAAGUUCUGGAGAGUCUGACGUCACUACCAGAGCCCAGGACCAGAGGAGACUUCCUAAGAUCGUCUGCCACAUUCAGAGCAGAAUUUCAGAAUAUCAGAUCUGGGGAGACAGGAAGUGGGUGUGGUCACCCUGUGCAAGUUCUGGAGAGUCUGACGUCACUACCAGAGCCCAGGACCAGAGGAGACUUCCUAAGAUAUGCCUGUGAGCUCACACUGGACCUCGACACAGCACACGUGAAGCUGCUUCUCUCGGCAGGGAACAGGGAGGUGACGUGUGUGAAAGAAAGGCAAAACUACCCAAAUAACUCUGAGAGAUUUGAACGCAAGCGUCAGAUUCUCAGCAGGGAGGCUCUAUCAGGCAGACGCUGUUACUGGGAGGUCGAGGUGAGGGGGAAUAAGGUGGAAAUAGCGGUCGCAUACAAAGGGAUAAAGCGGAAAGGUGGGAACCGAGCCAGUUCAUUCGGAGGGAAUGACAAGUCCUGGAGUUUGGAUGCCAUAAAUGGAGUUUACUCCUUUUGCCACAAUGAUGAUAGGACCCAAUUGCUUGCCCCAUACUGUUCCAAAGUAGGAGUGUACCUGGAUCACCUGGCUGGAACGCUGUCAUUUUAUAGUGUCUCUGGCAACAUGAGCCUGCUACAUUGCGUGUCGGCUGUGUUCACUGAACCUGUAUACGCUGGGUUUUGGAUUGGGGACCAGUGUGCUGUGAAACUCCUGGACCUUACUUGGCACCCUGGUGUACCGCACCGACCCGUAUGGUCAAAGUGAGAUCAAAGAAUCUGCUUUUUUCAAAUGCCUCUUAAUGAAAUCCGGUGCUGCCACUGUCAGAUGGCUCAUUCCCCUAAAUCACUGGUUUUUAUAGCAGAGAGUUGUUGUAAAUAUGAGAAAAGAAACAGGUAGCUUCAUGAAAAACCUCAUGAAAUGAAAUCUGAAGUGCCCUCAUUUGACCAAUAAUUAGUGUGAUUGCAAAUCAAUAUUUUUUUUAACUGCUUAAUUUUUUUAAACUGCUUUGCUUUAAUUACUCACUCAAUUUUGGGACUACAUGCAUAUAUUCAAUAUAUUACAUAUAUCAUGUAUUUAUGCAAAUUAGCUGUGUGCUCAAAGAAACGUGAUGUCAUAAUAGCCUCAUAAUGCUUCUGAGCAGAAUUCAUAUAUACUCAUUACUUUAGCCAGCAAUAUUUAAAUAUUUAAACACCAUUGCAUUAGCAGUAGCAACCGAUUUGACGCAAUCACACUCUCUUUAUGAAAUGCACAUUGCUAGUUUAUACUUAAAUCAUUCAUUCUGAGCAUUAAUAUAAUGUGUACUUUGUACAGUAGAUAUGAAAUCACGAUGAGUGGAUAAUAAAAGAUUAAUAAAUGUAUUUUACUUUCAUAAAAAUAUUUUAAAAUGUGAAAAGAGGCAGGUCAUCGCAAUGCACUGUAAUUCACACAGAAAAGGCUUCUAAAGUCAUGUUCUAGGCCUCUAUUUUAUCCUCAUUUCUCAAAAAAAUAAAAAAUGAAAAAUAGGCUCUGUGUCAUGCUUUGUGUCAAUAAACUUUUAGGAAAAUACAUAUUUCUAAUUUGUGUAACAGGAUGUUCUUCUGCUGUUACCCUAAUUCCAGACGAGUAUGGAAAUGUGGUGACCCUGACAACUUUAUAUAUUUGUCCAUUAAAUUAUUUUGAGGAGAAAGAUGAUUGAAGAUGGUGGUAUUUCUGAAGGUACUUAGACAUGCAGCUAUAAUUGGUAGAAAUGCAAGGCAGCGAAAAACAGAUUAGGAGGAAGAGGAGAAACCAAUAAUGGAGGAUUUUAGAGGGUUGAUAAUGUCGUUCAUCCCUGUAAAGCAUGAACAUACUAUUUACAGUCUAUGAGCUGAUUUCCACCAAGUUGUACUAUAACAAUCCACAAGAUGGCG